UUUACGUCUUUGUUUUCAGUUGUGACUGGGGCUACAGAUGGAAUCGGAAAAGCCUACGCAGAAGAGUUGGCUCGCAGUGGCAUGUGUGUUGUUCUCAUCAGUAGAUCCCAGGAGAAACUUGAUCAAGUUUCCAAUGAAAUCAAAGAGAAAUUUCAUGUCGAUACCAAGACCAUUGCAGUGGACUUUGGAGAGAAGGAAGACAUUUACAAAAUCAUCGAGUCGGUGCUGGCUGAUCUAGAAAUUGGAGUGCUGGUAAACAAUGUUGGAAUUGCAUAUGGAUAUCCUGAAUAUUUCCUUGACAUUCCGGAUCUUGAUAAUAUGAUCAGUAAUAUUAUUAAAAUCAACGUCACAUCAGUCUGCAAGAUGACACAGUUGGUGCUCCCCGGAAUGGUGAAAAGGUCCAAGGGGGUGAUUCUGAACAUCUCCUCGGCUAGCGGCAUGUACCCGGUGCCACUGCUGACGCUCUACUCUGCUACCAAGGCAUUUGUGGAUUUCUUCUCCCGAGCGCUGCAUGCCGAAUACAAGAGCCGGGGGAUCACUGUGCAGAGCGUUUUGCCCUUCUACGUCGCCACCAAACUGAGCAAGAUCCGCAGGCCGACGCUGGACAAGCCCAGCCCGGAGACGUACGUACGAUCUGCGCUGGGCACAGUGGGGCUGCAAGAGCAAACCAACGGCUACCUGCCUCACGCAGUGCUGGGCUGGCUGACCACCUGCCUGAUGCCAGUCAAGCUGGUCAUGAAGCAGUCCAUGAAUAUGAACAAGAGCAUUCGGGCCCGCUUUCUGAAGAAGCAGAAGGAAAACUAGAGAAGAACGGACAAAAGCCAAAAAAAAGCAACACCGGCCGGCCGCAGACGUCCGAUUGUUCACUGACGUCCAGAAGGCAAGGCUUCAAUUAAAAAGUGGAUUAUAACCCAAUUUAUAAGAGGGCAGGAUACUCGGGUUUUGCAUCUUUUUCUUUUUUAAAUGUAGGAACGGUUUAUAACAUUUGACUUCCUAAUUGGUAAUAAACUAAGCUGACUCAUUCAUACAUAA